AUGCACGAGGGCAUCCAGCCCGUCUCUCAGCAUGCCCAGCCAAAUUUCAUCGUUAACUUUGGCCCGGCAUUUGGCUGCUCGGAACGAAAGGCCUGGGAUGAGUCCUUUGAGUUCACGGGCGAUGGGGCGACCGACAUUGCAAUCUUCCUUGCAGUUCUCUCCGUAGCUUUGACUAUGGCUGUAGCAAUAGGUCCAUACGGUUAUGCAGGAUUAGGCGGAUUUGGCUAUGGUCUUGGCUACGGACACAGACGCUUCGGUUACGGAGGUUUCGGAGGUAUCGGGUAUGGCGGAUUCGGAUACGGUGGACUCGGAUAUGGCGCCUUCGGACUCGGUGGUGGUCUCGGACAUGGCGGCCUCGGACUCGGAGGUGGUCUCGGAUAUGGCGGCCUCGGGCUCGGUGGUGGUCUCGGAUAUGGCGGCUUCGGUUUCGGCGGCCUAGGUUACGGUGGCUUCGGCUAUGGCCUGGGUUACGGCGGCUUCGGCUCUGGCCUUGGCUACGGUGGCCUCGGAGGAUUUCAUGGCUGA